UCUGGGGAUGGUUUGCUCCAUUGACAGAACUAUGGAUUCUGACACAGUGAAAGCCACAGAGAAUCCUGAAGGAGGACAUCCAUGAUCUGAUGCUCAAGUGCAGUUGGAUUAUGCUGCAAAACAACAAUCUGAAGCAGAAGAUCGAGUCCACCUCUGAAUGGCUUAAAAGAAACAAAAUUAAUCUUUUGGAGUGGCCGAGUAAAAGUUCAACCUAGAAAUGCCUUCAGUUUUAUUAAGUAAUGUCCUUGCCUUUAAAGUUAGGUCUCUCAAGAGCCACAGAUUGAAUCUUUACUUUGUCACUUAAGAUUUAAGUUGCUAACAUAAUUUAAAAUCUCAGUACCUAAUAUAUUGAUUAAUUCUUGUAUUGAUUUUGUAGAGAUAAGCCACGGGCAGUAAAAACUGUCUUUAUAUAUUUGGUUUCUAUGGAAAUCAGUGAUUGAUCUUUAAAAAAUUUAAAAGCAGCCCUCCUCAGAAGUUCAUGCGUACAUGUUCAGUGGUCAUGAUUACGACAUAGUGCGUGUUCAAGUAGUUUUGGUUAGGGGAAAAGGGAUUGUGUGAGAACUUUUGGUGGGUUUUUUUGUUGUUUUUUUGUUUGUUUUCAUCAAUGACCAGAAAUUUAUUUUAUGAGUUCCUGAGUUUACUGCAAUUAUUGUAUAUCGCCAAAUAUUGUUAUUAGGAUAUUUCCAACAGCACCUGAAGGCAGAUCAUAACUUGUAAUUCCCAAGCACUGGCCAGAAAAAAAGGCAAAGGAAACUCCCCUUGAAAUUGGGGUAGUCUUUUUUCAACUACAGGUUCCUCAAAGUUAAAGGAGUGACGUCAAAUCAACAUGGCCGCUCACAGCACCAGCAGUAAACACAGCAGCAACUUAUCUUUAAACGAGUUGUACUGUUUAUACACGUAUUAUCUGUAGAUCAAUCAACAUAUAAACGCAGUCACUUGUUAAAUCUAUGACCACUGACGCUGCAGUUCACUGUUCUUAGGUAAAUAUACACCACUCAGCAGUUAGCUAGCCCCAGAGCUCGAAAAUGACGUCAUUCGCCAAAUUCCCGCUUCCGAGGUCAGUCGAAUGGUUCGACUUCGCCCUAGUGGGACGAGCUGGAUCAUAUCUGACUCCGCCCCCUGGACUUUUGGUUCUGCAGCGACAGGGAAAAGGUGCAAACUUUUAUAAGGCCUUCCUGCUUCAUAAAGCAGAAUUUGUUACGUUUCGUAAAAAAGAACACACACCAUCAAAACACUGUGUGUGUCUUAUUAAUGACAAUUAAACUGAAACACGGUGAUUACAGCGUCGAAUCAGACGAAUUACCAUUGCUGCAGCCAGACCGGAAGUGGCGUUCAAUCUCGCGCAAGGAAACCGGCGCGCCAAAUUUCAAAGCACUUCCUGGGAAGAAAUUGCAAAAAAAAAAGUUAGUAACGAGGAAACCAAUAGAAGCAUACUGUUCAGGUUUGCAGUAAUCUGGCGUCAUAUUUAUGGAUGAAGACCAUCUGAGUCUGACCUCACCUUCAGCUGUUUGCGUUAACACAACAGGCUAAUUAUUUUAUACUGUUAUACAAUAAACACAUUUUUAAAAUGAUGUUGCUGUAAAACUUCCUAAUUUACACAGGACUUAAUAUUUAAUGACUAAAGAAAAUCUACAAUGGUGGGUCGUAAUCCUGCAAGCAGUUCUAUGUAAGGUAACCAAAGGUGGGCGUCAUUUUGACUUUUUUCCCUUGUGGCGUGCCAACAUGUUCCCUGGAAUCCAUCCCUGUUUUCAGCUCUUGAGAAUAGGAUCGUCAUGUAGUGUAAACGGCUCCGGCGGUGCCGUUGCAGAUUCGGCCCAUGACCUGUACACUUUCCGGCCGGCACUUGCGCACUCGGUGUUCAGAUUGGGCCGACUGGCAGAGUUGUGCGACGUCACUUUGGAGUCGACGACAGUUUCACGUGUACACGCCGAGCUGCACGCUGAGAAACAGACUGACGCUGCUGGAGAGGAGAGCUGGAAGGUCCAAGUGAGGGACAGAAGCAGCUAUGGUACAUGGGUGAACGAUGUCCGAAUCCAGUCAGGUGUCUUGUUGGAGAUAUUUGAUGGUGACACGCUGACAUUUGGUGGCCAAACAGUACAAGGGAGCCCAGAGUUCUACUUCCUUUUCCAGAAGGUCAGGGUCAGUCCACAGGAGUUUGAUGCCAUGACUGUCCCAAAGGCAAGCUCUUUCUCAUCCAAUAUCAAUAACCGGAUCAGAACAAGUCAAGACUGCAAGCAAGAGCCCGGCCUUGACAUUUCUAAGUUGUCCAUCAACAAAGCCACAGUCAUUCUCAACUCCAUCGGUAGCCUUAGUAAGAUCAAUGGCAGCCGCUGGACCUUCAAGAAGACUGACAAAACCACUGGCCUGAAUUCAGCCGUUAUGCCUUCAUUUCAAACGUUGGUACCGCCUUCAACUCCUCCUUCUCUUUCUAAUAGUCGAGAGACUGCGAAAUCCAUCCCACCAUCGUCCAAGAGUCGCCGCAAAUCAGCCCACACAGUGCUUUUGGAAGACGGCAGUGUGGAGGACCACAAUGGCUGCAGGUCUGGGUUAGAGGAAGCAUGGAAAGCCAAAGCUGGCAAGAGACGACGUCUGUACAAGUCAGAGUCUGAGAUUCUCCAGUCUCCGCUGUCCAACAUGGAGUUAAGUAUGAAGCCGCAGCUCGACACCAGUCCAGUCAUGCCCAAGCAAAACACAGUCGUUCUCAAUCAGUUGAGCAACGGAAAACUCGGUCAUCCUCCUUUUACCUUGAUCCUGAAGCGCGAGAGUGAAAACACAGGCCACAACAGAAGUGUAAGUCUGAUGGGAUGCCGGCAGCAAAAGCGUUGCUCCUCGGCUCCUCGUGGCAGGCGAAGGGCAAACAGCACUCCGUUAUGUUCUUCGCUACUCGUUGGAGGUGAAAAUUAUCAGCUGGCCAGUCCACCAGCAAGGCCGGCCAAAGCAGUGAGGGGACACACGGCGCGGUUCCACGCCACCACUAGUAGACGGCGUGGGAGACCCAGAAAGCAUCCACCACCCCAGCCUUCCCUUCCAUCUCCUGCUUCCUCAUCAUCAUCAUCUAGCUCAUCAUCAUCAUCUUCUUCAACAUCGUCUUCCUCAGAGGAUGAAGAUGACGAUGAAAAUGAAGAAGAAAUGAGGGCAACACAGGGCAUAGAGCCAUGUGCUGCAGUGCGUUGUCGUCUGCCGCAGCAGGACACAGUACAGUGGGUGCAGUGUGACGACUGUGAUGCCUGGUAUCACUUGGACUGCCUUCCAAACGACCGCAACCGAGCCGCGUUCCUGCUUGAUCCUAGCGCUGAAUUCCACUGUGGCUGCUGCUGAGUGGCUCCACUAAUGGUAAUUAGAAAGGCUGGUCAGACAGAAGCAGUGCUACAUAUUUAAGAAAUAAAGUCUAUGUUGUUUGACUGCCUGAGCUAAUUAUUUUUAGACAUCAGACUCGGUUGUCAGGUAAUACACUAAGCUUUAUAGCAUUAAGAUCAGAUUCAGAAGUGGGUGAACGCAUCUUAAUGGGCACAGCUUUUUUUUUUUGCAACAUAGAAAGUGUGCUGGAUCUGCCUGGCAGCUUAUGGGUUCCCCCAAUGUUCUUCUGAAAUUAAAGGGAUUCCUCCAAUGUUCUCCUAAAAUCGAUCUUUAAUAUGUUCAAGAAUCUUCUGGAUAAUUAUCUGGAAUUGAUGCAGAAAAUCAGUAGCUGACGUAUUACAGGCUUAACAAAAGUGUUGGAAAUGUGUCUUAGCUAUUAGGGUUAGGGAAUAUAUCGUUCAUGAUGAUACCAGUGUAACUUUAAAGAUUUUGUCACAUUGCAACAUAAGCAGGAUUUUACAGUGUGAGGGCUUUGCUUGCAUUUGCACCUUUAUUUUUCUAAAACACAAAAUAACUUUGGACUUGCAAGACCAGAUUUUAGUCCGUGCAGCCUACCACUUUGACUUAAUAUUAUUUAUUUGAUGAACAAAAGUGUAUAUAUAGAUCGAAAAGCUUUUCACAAGAUAGAAGGCUCUCUGCUCCAGCUGCCUCACUGUGCUUCACAGAGAAAAUGUUAGAAUUCCUGCUCAACACAUUGUUUCUAGUGCAGCAGGUGAAAAACUGGUUCUUCACCAGAUAAUCUCCAGGUGUGGUUUUUAACACCUGGAUAUGCUCUCGUGUGUGUGUGUGUGCCAUGCCAAGACCAUCACCAAAAUUGUAAAAUGACAGUGAUUUAGUAUUCAUUAUAAAUGCCUUCUGCACUUCAGGACCUGGAAACUUCUCACUGGGCACUUAUUGGGUCAGUGGGGGUUAUCUGGUGUUCAUGGAGCCACAGUUACAUGAGUAACUAGUAUUUUAUUUCACUGUGUCUAAAUGCCAGGGGUGGGGUUUAACACCUGGAUACCCCCUGCUACAAGAUCAUGAGAAAUCAGCUCGCCUGUGGCUGACUGUGAAGGUAGAAAUUAUCACUUGAGGUUGAUUUUGACCUUCUAGAACCUGGAGAAGAUAAAAGUUUACGCCCAGGUAGCUGCAGUGCAGAUGUCCUGAAACA